AUGCCAACCACGCCACAGACAACCGCCACUUCAUGGCAAACCGAAAUCUCUCACUUUUUUCAAGAGCUUGGAUUGAUCGAGACAGAGAAAUGCUUCAACAAUGAGCUUGUAAUACUUUCCCAACAGCACCUGCAACAAUUACCCACUGUACUCGAACGAUUGGCCGAUCGAUUGCUUCACUUGCUUGAACAACAUGUACAAGCCAAAGAGGUUAUCACCAGCAGCAGCACCGCAACACCUGAUCCAGCCGUUAUUGCAGAGAAUGAGCAGAAGCUUUUGUACAACAAGAAACGGAAAAGAGAGAAUGAGGAAGAGGAAGAAGAGGAGCGUAUGCGACAACUUGAUAGUGAGCAAGUGCAGAUUCGUGCUACUCGUCAAGAAAUCCAACAACGCAUUAAUUCGUUUAUCCAAGCCAAGCAAAAUGAAGUGGAUGCUAGCAAUCGUACCGAGUUUCUCAAUCGAGCAGAUCCUACGAGCAGCGACAUUACUUGCGCACGAGCAGAUGCACGGGAAAUUAAUCGCAACAUUCAAAUGAAGUUUGAUAUUGUAAACAAUGAAGAUGGUCCUUUGGCACGUUCUCGUCUUCAAGAAGCAUCUUCCUCAUCGACUACGACUACUGGUGCUGCCAUGGCAACGGAUCAACAAUUGCACAAAGAACGAGUACAGAAUAUUGAACAACACAUGAAUGUCGUAUUUGAUCCCAACGCCGACCCACCGUUUUCUGUGCCUGAACGAUUAAGGAUUUUAGAAGAUCGGAUCAUGACGAUUGAACGAGAACAUCCAAAGUGGGCUGCAGUUCAUUUCCAGCAACCUCAUCGGUCUUAUCCACCACCACCUCCGGCAGUCGCUAUUACAAGGCCAGGCGCACCAGCCUAUCUUGUGUCACAAAUGACUCCACCUCCCGAAGUAAAGACCACUGGCCGCGGUAACUCAUCUCUAACACGUGCAGUCCUUGAACAGCUCCAUCGACAAAAGCAAGCAAAAGGCAUCAAUCAUACAUCAACUACCAUUAAUACAGAGCCAUCAUCCACAUCCUCCUCCUCCUAA